AGACAAGGGCUUUGUAUGGUUGGAGAUGCUCUAACCAUGUUAAAAAUUCUUUAAAAUUCAGAUUGGAUACAAACGACCAACUUUGUACAAACUUAUACACACCGGAGCAGUACGAUCAGUUGCAAAACCAAAUUUAACCAAUGGACGUUGAUCCUCAAACCACAACUAAAGGGAAAGAAGAACAAGCGGAAGAGAAGAAGGGGAUCAUGGUGAUUCUUGUGGGUGCUCCUGGUAGUGGCAAGUCUACUUUCUGCCAAGACGUUAUGAAAAUCUCGAGCCGCCCAUGGGUUCGUGUCUGUCAGGACACAAUUGGUAACGGUAAAGCUGGAACAAAGGUGCAAUGUCUAGCUAAUGCAGCCACUGCUUUGAAGGAGGGUAAAGAUGUUUUUAUUGAUAGAUGCAAUCUAGAAAGAGAACAGCGCGCAGACUUUCUAAAACUUGGUUGUUCCCUUGGUAAUGUUCAUGCCGUGGUGCUGGAUCUUCCGGCCAAGCUUUGUAUAUCUCGUUGUGCAAAACGUACAGGACACGAAGGAAAUUUGCAAGGUGGAAAAGCUGCUAUGGUUGUGAACCGGAUGCUGCAAAAGAAAGAAUUACCUAAAUUAACUGAAGGAUUCAGUAGGAUUACAUAUUGCCAGAAUGAAAAUGAAGUUCAAGCUGCCGUUAAUACAUAUGGUUCACUUAGCCUACUAGAUAGCCUCCCUUCUGGUGUUUUUGGUCAAAAGAAUUCUGAAUCUAAAGUCCAGCUCGGUAUAAUGAAGUUCUUAAAGAAAGUAGAUGGACCCUGUAGUGCAGCUAACAUCUCUCAGGUUUCUGUUGGUAAUAAACUUCAUAAUGAGAAUAAUAUAGCCUUGCAUGGACCAGAAAGUGGUGUUGCUUCAUCUGGUAAUGCUGGUGCUGAGGUGAAGGACUUUGAACACGCUCCAUCCGGUAAUGUUGUUAAUGAAGUGACAGAUUGUGAACACACUUUGUCUGGUAAUUCUGGCAAUGAGGUGAAGGAUUGUGAUAAUGUUGGUGAGAAGGUGAAGGAUUCUGAAGACAUUGUUAUGGUCCCUCGUGAAGAUACUUGUUUUUCUGAUGAUGUUCCCACUUUGGCUUUUCCAUCUAUUUCAACAGCAGAUUUCAAGUUCAGUAUAGAGAAAGCUUCGGAUAUCAUUGUUGACCAAGUCCAGCUAUUCCUACAAAAGUAUCACAAUGUUAGGCUAGUUUUGGUUGAUUUGUCUCACAGUUCGAAGAUAUUGUCCCUGGUCAGUAGCAAGGCAUCACAGAAGAAGAUUGACACCAGUAAAUUUUUUACCUUUGUUGGAGAUAUAACUCGUCUAUAUUCCCAAGGAGGCUUACACUGUAACGUAAUUGCAAAUGCUGCUAAUUGGCGGCUAAAGCCCGGAGGUGGAGGUGUAAAUGCUGCUAUAUAUAGUGCUGCAGGCGAAGCUCUAGAAACAGCAACAAAAGUACGAGCAGGAUCCCUUAUGCCUGGAAAAGCCUUAGUUGUUCCUCUCCCUAAAACUUCUCCCUUAUUUAGCACCGAAGGAAUAACCCAUGUUAUACAUGUUCUCGGACCAAAUAUGAAUCCCAUGAGACCAAAUUGUCUUGGCAAUGACUAUACAAAGGGUUGCAGAGUUCUUCGUGAGGCUUAUUCCUCACUUUUCGAAGGCUUUGGAUCUAUACUAGCAGAUCAAAAUAAGUUGAUUCAUGAAAGUAAUCAAGAACAGGUUCUAGAGACUAAGGAUCAGAGUGAACUGAAUCUAAUGAAGCAGUUUUCACUUACUGACCAAAAAGGCAAAAGAGAGUGUGUUAAUGAAAUUGAAAUGAGUAAAAAGUGUAAAGGACCUCGGAAAGAAAGUGAGUCUGAUAAUACGGAACUGUUGAAUAGAGAUGAUGACCGAAGCACUAAAAAGAGAGAUGAAAGUAUGUCGAAGGCUUGGGGUGCAUGGGCCCAAGCUUUAUAUAAUAUUGCUAUGCAUCCUGACAAGCAUAAGAAUGAUGUGAUAGAAAUAUUGGAUGAUGUUGUGGUUCUUCAUGAUCUCUACCCAAAGGCGGAGAAGCAUUUGCUGGUAGUGGCAAGAGCUGCAGGACUUGACCAGCUUGCAGAUGUUCGCCCAGAACACCUCCAUUUACUAAGGUCAAUGCAUAAUGUGGGUUUGAAAUGGGCCGAGAAGUUCCUAACUGAAAAUGAGUCAUUGGUCUUUCGUCUUGGAUACCACUCGGCACCUUCUAUGCGACAGCUGCAUCUUCAUGUUAUUAGUCAGGAUUUUGAUUCAAAACAUCUAAAGAACAAGAAGCACUGGCACUCAUUCACUUCUCCCUUUUUCCUCGACUCUGUAGAUGUAAUGGAGGAACUUAGCAAACAGGGGAAAGUGACAUUGAACAAUGAUGAAAGAUACUUGACAAAGGAGUUGCGAUGCCACAAAUGUAGAAGUGCACAUCCAAACAUUCCUCGCUUGAAAACACAUAUUAGCAACUGCCAAUCCCCAUUUCCCGCAGCUCUACUUCAAAACGGCCGUCUAGUGCUUCCACCCAACAAAUUGAGUGCUAGCAAGUCUUCUUAAGACAUCCUUCAUGUUAUGGUUUUCUUUCUAGAAUGGAAUGUCCCUUGUAUAUAUGAAUACGUUCUAACAGUAACUGGUCGUUUUCAAAUCAUGUGAAAAGUAAAAAGUGUUGUUAUAUCUCAA